AUGUCCGGGUUUACAUUCGACGAUCCUACGGGUACUUCUUCGUACAGCCAAUCUGGCUCUACGAUCCGGAUCAGUUCGGGGCCAAAGACCGACUACUGGACUACGGCGCCUGGUUCCGUGCCCGAGUCUUCCGCACACCGAGCCUCGGCACCCGUGCUGUACCAGCUGCACAAGCUUUCGCCGACUGCCAAUUGGAGGCUCAAGGGAACCUUGCAUCAGCCAGGCACCGAGCGCUUCCAGCAGGCAACACUCUUUCUCAGACGAGUCAACCCCAAUGAGGGCGCCAACGGCGAGGGCCAGAAAUGGCUCAAGUCAGGCAUCGAAAUCGAACAAGGACGCCAGUUCAUCGGCGUGGUGGUGAGCGAUCCGUUCUCGGACUGGAACGUGGCGCCGCUCGCUAAUGCGCCCGGUAAGGACGCAGCCAAGGUCGACGUCGAGAUCGAAAAGGUCGGCCCGGACGUCCACGUCUACUACACCCCGGCGGGCGAGAAGAGCCGCAUCCUGCUGCGCGAAAAGAAGGGCUUUGCACCGCCCACCGACGCCGAGCACGAGACCUGGUGGCUCGGCGCUAUGGUCUGCGGCCCACUCUCCGAAUCCACCGAGGGUACCGUCGAAAACUGGACCUUCGAACCCAUCACCGACGCUCAACAUUGA